AUGUCAACUCCGGAGAGAAGAUGGGUCAAGGGCCGUCGUGAUAUUGGCGCGCCGCCCACGCGUUCGACGUCGCGACAACACCAACGCCGAAGUCAGCUCUCUCGAACACCGCUAAUCUCGAAAAGACCGGCUCGGUACGGUGGCAUUGAUGCAGUAACGCGCCUCACGCGCAAAUGUCUGGCGGUGACUGAAACAAAGGCGCCGACGCCGAUGGAACAAACAAGCCGCGCGCACGUGGCGAAGGGUGUACAGAAGUCAACUACUAUCGGUGCUUUUAUAAAUUCCAUUCCGUCUUGUACUUUUCUGGUGUCUAAAGAAAAUGAGUCUUCAUAUUCUGAAGAAACUUUAAGAAUAUCAAGAAUUCAUGCUAGCGUCCUGCGGAACUGCUUAUCGCCUCUAACUCAGAACUUUGGAGAGUUGGGUGACUUGACCAGUUCCUGUGAGAGUGUUCCCGCAGUGGGAGACAUUAGUCCAGCCAGUCUUAACGACCACCAACAAACCAGACUCACUGAGAUGCUCCUUAAUAAACACAAUGCCGAUAUGGAGAAGGAAAUGCUGAGAGUACACUGUGAGACAAGGAGCAGCAAGGGAGAGAGAGAGAAAAUCAUUACCGGCAACCGACAGAAGAAAAAGAAGCAUUUGUCAAGGCGUAAUGGCACGUUUCAACAGCCCAUUGCGGUGGAACCCGCUAAGAAUAAGGUAGUGGGUAAUAUUAGACAGCAGGGUACUUAUUUGGGGUCAGACCGUUGGUCGUACGAAAUCUACACAGUGCAAAGUUUUAGCUCUAGUGGUUUGCCGUCUUCGCGCUUCCUAUUGAUGCUCACAGCUGGGGCACAGGCCUUCCUUAUAGGUGAAAUCAAAUGGGGACGAUGGGAGUGCACGUGGAGUACAACUCCACAGUUGCAUGGCGUGAAGAGGACUUCAAAGCUAAUGGAGGUGGACAAUGUGGCACAUAAACACCAUUGCCCUACCUCGAGGCAACCUCAUCGGCGACCAACGACUACCACUAACACUGCCGAAGUGCAAGUUUCAGCCGCCGUAACAACAUCAAUGGUGAAGAUAGAGGAGCUGCGCACAAGUUUUUUUUUUUCGGCUCUCAACCUUAAGGGUUCGGAACCACCCUCUCAAUGGGGGAAGGAGGCGGUGAAUCCUUCAUUGGAUACCCCACAGCCGGCUGUGAGGUUAUGUCAGACUCCUACUUAUCUACGUCAGGUUAUGACUAAACACCGCCUGGACAGCUGGUUACAUGCCCGGAGGCAACGAACCUUCGACCGGAGCGACCGCCCCCCCGCAAGGGGGGGGGGGGCGGCAGUACACAGGCCGGAGGGGUGA